UGAUUUUUCAAUUAUAUUUUAUUUUCUAAAUAUCAUUUUUAGUGAUUUACACCAUAUUUAGUUAUUUUUCUUUUCAUUCACCUUAUUCUUCCUGAUUUAUUCACUACCCUUUUGGAUUCCUGCCAUUAUAUAACCGUUUAUCACAAAAAAUUAAUGUUGGAGUUGACUGUUAACACCAACUCCCAGGAAUCCCAAAUAUCAAAGCUUCUUUGGAAGUAUUUAAAUCUGAAUCACGCAACACUUUUAUUUACAACAGAUAAUGAUACGGAAUCAGCCUUGAAGUUUAAGGAUGGAAGAGAAACAGUGAAGCAUUUUCCACUCAUACUGGAACUUGUUCUGACAACAUCAGAUACCGGAUCACUCCUUAUACCGAACGAACCUGAAUUGAAGGGCACUAUGGACUCGUUUGUUGAUUUUGCUUUUAAACACAACUUUGAUGUUCUGGAUGUCGAGUCAAUUAGGAUGUUGGAUACGUAUUUGCUAAAUGAAACUUUCUUUGCUGGUCCUUCCUUAACCUUGGCUGAUGUCGUAUUAUUUGUUUCUGUAUUAAAUUGGACGGUUCGUUCUAAACCAAAGGAACGUUCAGAAUUUCCUAAUCUCAUGAGGUGGUUUGAUCAUUUACAGCAUCUUCCAGAGCUUGCGGCUUGUUUUGAGGAGUUUUCAGUAAUAAACCUGUUCGAUAACAAGCUUGUUAUAUCACAGCCAAAGGCGGAGAAAGUUGAAAAGAAGAAAGAAAAGAAAGAGAAACCGAAAAUCCAAGCACCACCAGCCGAGACUAGACCUUAUGAUGAUGUGACAAGAUUAAACGUUGUUGUUGGCAGUGUUCUAUCAAUCAGGAAACAUCAGGAUGCUGACAAAUUAUACUGCCUCAAAGUUGAUAUCGGAACUGAGGUCAGGAGUAUUUGUUCAGGACUUGUUGACUUUCUUGGCCCAGAUGAUAUUCUGAACAAGAAAGUAUGCAUCCUUGCAAAUUUACCUAAAAAGAACCUGAGAGGAGAAGAAUCUAACGGAAUGGUUUUAUGUGUAUCAAACGAAGGCAAAAGUUCUGUUGAGCUCCUGGAGCCACCCGAGGAAACACCUGUGGGAGAACGUGUUAGUUGGGAAGGUUUAUCAGGAGAGCCAGACGAACAACUUUCACUGAAGAAGGGAAAGGAUACUUUUGCUAUGGUACAAAAGGAUUUGGUGUGUAAAGAUAACGUUGGAUACUACAAGUCGUCAAAAUUCAUGACUUCCAAGGGGCCAUGUUUCUGUAAAAAAAUCUCAACGGGAACAAUUUCCUAAUAAAUGUACACAUUUAAAUAAAUAGGCAACUAAGUGAAAA